GGGGAAGUUGUUUGGAGCUUCGGGGCGUUUGGCGUUAUUUUGCAGGUUCGGUUUUCAUAUUCAUUGGGGACGAACACCAUACCUUUCUUCUAAACAUAAUCAUCAAGCACCAUUCCCUAUCGAUCGAUUCGCCUCACUGCCAUUGAUAAAGAUCCCGUCUUCUCUUCCGUCCAAUCCACUUCUCAGCUUCUUCCCUGCUGAAAAUCUUCUCUAAACCCUUUCAGCGCUCUUUCUUUUUCGGUCUUUUCAGGUUUUCUCGUUGAUCAUGAACUAUGAAGCCUCCGACAGUAGCGGUACUGAUGAUGAUCUUCCACCAUCACAUCGUAACAGAGUUUCUAGAGGAGGACACAUUUCUGGAAAGGGGAGGUCUGUUUUGAGUUCUUUUCCAUACCCUAGAGUACGCAAUAUGGAGGCCCAGAUUCAUCAUCUCGAACAAGAAGCUUACUGUUCAGUACUGCGUGCAUUUAAAGCCCAAGCAGAUGCCAUUACCUGGGAUAAAGAAAGCUUGAUAACAGAGCUUAGGAAAGAAUUGAGAGUAUCAGAUGACGAACACCGGGAAUUGCUUGCGAGGGUUAAUUCUGAUGAUAUAAUUCGUGAGAUUAGGGAGUGGAGACAGGCUGGUGGGAACCUAAAUGUGAGACGCAGUUCGUCCCAGCCAAUCCAUGAUGUUGUUCCCAGUCCAACUGUUUCAGCAUCCCGUAAGAAGCAGAAAACAAGUCAACUGCACUCUUCUUCAGUUCCUGCUGGAAGUAGACAGUUAAAUAAUCAUAAUUCUUCUGGAGCCCUUCUGGCAAAUGAAUCUGCUGAAGCUCCACCGUAUGACACUUUAAUUGGAAGGAAAGUAUGGACCAGGUGGCCUGAGGACAACAGCUUCUAUGAGGCUCUCAUAAAAGACUAUGAUCCUGUUAAGGGUCAGCAUGCCUUGGUUUAUGAUAUAAAUACAACACGGGAGACAUGGGAAUGGGUCGAUAUUAAAGAGAUCCCACCCGAGGAUAUUCGAUGGGAUAGCGAGGAUCCAGGAAUGUCUCAUCGAGGAGGUCAUGGUGGACAAAGCCGUGUUUAUCGAAGAUCCCAAAGUUUGGGUGGUUUUGCUCCUGGUUCUGGCAGAGGGAGAGGACAGUCAAAAAACCAACCCAGAAAGGAACUUUCUCCAUCUCAAAAUGGUGUUGGAAAGAAAGUGUUUGACGAUAUAGAAUUACUUAAUACAGAAGCAUUGGUAAAGGAGGUAGAGAAAGUUUUCAAUUCAAGUAAUCCCGACCCCGAGGAGCUUGAAAAGGCGAAGAAAAUGCUUAAAGAUCACGAGCAGGCUCUUGUGGAUGCAAUUUCUAGACUAACUUGUGCAUCUGAUGGUGAAAGUGCAGAAGGGGCGCAGCCAAAUGUUCAUGGCCAAUUAGUUGAAAAAAGCAACGAUACUUGAGCUACCAAGUGCAAGUGGCAGUGCGAGUGCCAUCCCAACAGCAUCACAUUGCCAAAUCUGAAUAUUGAAAUGUCUUACCAUUACUGAGUUGUACCAAAAAGUUAUUAUGUUAGUGGAUCAAAUUCUUUUGUUUUUUCUUUUCCUUUAAUGGGUUUUUUCUUCCA